AUGCCUGCCACCACGGCGGACACCUUAUCCCUCGUCAACCGCAGCGUCACGGUUGCCCCGUUAGUCCUGCUUUCUGUCGCCGAUCACUACGGACGUACAGCAAAGGGAACUCGCAAGCGUGUAGUGGGUGUGCUACUGGGAGAGAACUCGGGCAACAAUGUGCGGGUAUCCAACAGUUUCGCAGUGCCGUUCGAGGAAGAUGAGAAGGACCCAUCAGUGUGGUUCCUGGACCACAACUUCGUCGAAUCCAUGAGAGACAUGUUCAAGAAGAUCAAUGCCCGGGAGAAGUUGGUUGGCUGGUAUCACUCUGGCCCCAAGCUACGCGCUUCAGAUCUGGAAAUCAACGAGCUCUUCAAGAAAUACACCCCGAACCCCUUGUUGGUCAUUGUCGAUGUACAACCCAAGGAGGUUGGUGUCCCUACAGACGCCUACUUUGCCGUGGAUGAGAUCAAGGAUGACGGAACCACAACCUCAAAGACCUUCGUGCAUACACCAUCGAUAAUUGAGGCCGAGGAAGCAGAGGAAAUCGGUGUGGAACAUCUUCUCCGCGAUAUCAGGGAUGUAGCCGUCGGCACUCUUUCCACACGUAUUACCUCACAGCUGCAAUCAUUGCAAGGGCUGCACCUCCGACUCCGCGAUAUCGGUCAAUACCUUCAAAAAGUCCUCGAUGGAGAACUCCCAGUCAACCACGCUAUCCUGGGUAACCUUCAGGAUGUAUUCAACCUCCUUCCCAACCUGUCGACCCCCGCACAGACACCACGAAUCAGCGGCCAAGAGACACAGAUCGAGAACAGCGAGCUGGCCCGGGCGAUGAGCGUGAAGACAAAUGACCAGCUUAUGGCUAUCUACAUUAGUAGUUUGAUUCGCGCUAUCACGGCUUUCCAUGAUCUGAUUGAGAACAAGAUUCAAAACAGACAGCAGCAGGAGGAGAAUGAUACAAAGCGUGAGGAGCUGGACAAGGAGAAGGAUGGUAAGAAGGAGAAGGAUCAGAAGGAGGAUGAAUCUGAUAAGAACAAGAAGAAGAAUUAA